UUAAAUUAAAACAAAAUGUUUAAAUUCUAUAGACAAUUAAGCACAACAUGUUUAAAGACUUUUAAAUCACCAAACAAAUUAAGAAGCUAUAGCACACAGCCACCGCGAGGCAAUCCCUUUGCAGAGGCAGCCCAAAAGAAAAAUUUAAAAUCUACUUUGUACUAUGUCACAGCCGGAGGAGUAUUAAUAGUGGGUUUAAGUUAUGCAGCAGUGCCGCUAUAUCGUAUGUUUUGUCAGGCCUAUAGCUACGGUGGCACUACAAGUCAAGGUCAUGAUGGCGAAAAGGUGGAGACCAUGUUGAAAAUUGAGGAUCGUAUUAUACGAGUACGCUUCAAUGCCGAUUUGGCUGCCUCUAUGCGUUGGAAUUUCAAGCCUCAACAAUAUGAAAUUAAAGUGGCUCCUGGUGAGACCGCCUUGGCUUUUUAUACAGCCAAAAAUCCUACAGAUUUGCCGGUAAUAGGCAUUAGCACCUAUAAUGUUAUACCUUUUGAGGCGGGCGCUUAUUUCAAUAAGAUACAAUGUUUUUGUUUUGAGGAGCAGCAAUUAAAUCCACAUGAAGAGGUGGAUAUGCCGGUGUUCUUUUAUAUUGAUCCGGAGUAUGUUAAGGAUCCUAAACUGGAAAAUGUGGACACUAUUACACUAUCGUACACUUUCUUUGAGGCCAAAGAUGGUUUAAAACUUAAUUUCCCAGCUUAUGCAAAGCCUCAUAAUGCAUAAAAUGCUGAUUGUUUAUUAGACGAUUUUUUGUAAAUAAAAUUAUUUAAAGAAAGUU